AGAGACGUUUGACAGCAUUUCCCGCCAUUUCGUUUGGCCAGUUCAAGGCCCGCACAGGGACGAGCUUUCAGGCCCGCGGUGACAAUACAGUACCUGGAGCCACGAGGCAUUGGGACUCGAGGAGAACAUGGGUCGGUGGUGAUCCGAUCGCUUGCUUUUCUGCAAAUGAUUGCAGCCAGUGUCGGCUGCAGGCCUCUGGUGCAUUUGGUUGGAGCUGGAUUGGAUAGUUGUUAUCUCUUGAUGCUGAAUUUGUCGAGAUGCGUUGAAUGUGUCCGAGUGGGUGGGUCAAGCGUUGCGCGGAUCCGCUCUCUACAAAUUCGUCGAGAUUGUGUAAGCAAGCAAGCCGAGCCUUGUGUUUUUUCUCAAAAGCUAAUAAUCAGACUUAAAUCAGGCAGAUUCUGGAAGUUCUUGAAUUCUUCAAAUCCGUUGACACGCUUUAUGACGUAUCUCAAGAUUUAGGCACCAAUGUGGUGUUAUGCUCUAGAGCAAAACCGCCACGGUAUGCUUCCUUCUCCGAUUUUAUUUGAUUCGCCAGCAAGCUCGUGCCUGUGUGCGUGUGCAAGCAAGGAGGUGGAGAACUGGUACAGCAGUUGAGAGCAAGAGUCGAACAUUUUCGACGGAUAGGACCGCGGCCCGAAUUCAAUUACUCUUGUCUUCUUCGUCGUGUCUUUUUUCUGAGGCUGUAGCCUGUCGAUCCAGCGUUGUGGAUUCCCUUCCGUUAUGGUCCGGUGGCGUUGCCUGUAGCAGGACUUGGAGUAAUCUAUUUUUAAAAUCCAGGCACCCUUGGAAAGCCCAAUCAACUACAGGAAUUGCUUACUUUGCCAACAAAAGUGAGGAAGACCAAGCAAUGGAAACCGUAGAAGCUCCCACGAGGAGUUUCCAGAUUGUGUUGGCUGUAUCUCGAAAUUGGGGACUCGGAGUCAAUGGCGAUUUGCCGUGGCACCUCCCCUUGGAUUUGAAGCACUUCACCAAAGUGACAACCGAAACUCGUUCUUCAUCGAAGAGGAAUGCAGUGGUCAUGGGUCGAAAGUCAUGGGACGCCCUUCCCAAAAAAUAUCGUCCCCUCAAGCGCCGAUUUAACGUGGUUCUGAGUCGGACUUCGAAGCAGGUAGAUGACGACAGCGGCUCAACGGUGGUUUGUGAAAGCGUGCACAGUGCUCUCACUCUGCUUGCGACUCCACAGUAUGCUUCCGAGAUUGAGACGGUGUUUAUAAUCGGUGGAGGUCAAAUUCUCAGAGAGACCAUGUCAGCUUCACUCUGUGAUGCUAUCCAUCUGACGGAAGUCGAUGCGGAAGUCGAGUGCGAUACCUUCAGUCCUCCUGUCGACAGAAGCAUUUUUACACCAUGGUACGCCUCGGCACCGAUAGUGGAGAAUAACCUGCGAUAUAGUUUUGUGACUUAUGUACGAAGAGGAGGCAGUCUGACAAAAGUGGACGUUCAGCAGAACGUUAAUGUGGCUACGAGUGGAGCAAAGCAAGAAACUGGGGUUGCAAGCAAGGCCGAUGAGAGGAUAAAAGACUUUGUAUCAUUACUUCCACCCUCACUUGCACACAGACACGAGGAGUAUCAGUACUUGGACCUCAUCAAGGAUAUAAUUCAGAAUGGCACCGUAAAAGGAGACCGCACCGGCACCGGUACUAUUUCCAAGUUUGGUUGCCAGAUGCGUUUUAAUUUGCGGAAGUGCUUUCCCCUCCUCACAACCAAGCGUGUACAUUGGCGAGGUGUUGUGGAAGAGCUUUUGUGGUUCAUCAGUGGGUCCACCAGUGCGAAGGUUCUCCAGGAUAAAGACGUGCACAUUUGGGAUGGAAACUCAACAAAAGAGUAUCUCAGCAGCAUUGGACUUACAGAAAGGGAAGAAGGCGAUCUGGGUCCUGUUUACGGCUUUCAAUGGAGACAUUUCGGUGCGAAGUACACGGAUAUGCACGCAGAUUACACUGGCCAAGGUUUUGACCAGUUAGCAGACGUGAUUCACAAAAUACGGACAAAUCCAAAUGAUCGUCGGAUUAUACUAUCUGCUUGGAAUCCUGCAGAUUUGCAGUUGAUGGCCCUUCCACCAUGCCAUAUGUUUGCUCAGUUUUACGUGGCCAACGGAGAGCUAUCAUGUCAAAUGUACCAACGCUCAUGUGAUAUGGGAUUAGGAGUACCCUACAACAUAGCCUCCUACUCCCUCCUCACCUACAUGAUUGCUCACGUUUGUGAUCUGGUCCCUGGUGACUUCGUUCAUGUUCUUGGUGAUGCCCAUGUGUACACAAACCAUUUGGAGCCACUCAAAGAACAGCUGAAAAAUGACCCAAAACCAUUUCCUGUUUUGAAAAUAAAGUCUUCAAAACGUGACAUUGACAGUUUCACCGCUGAUGAUUUUGAGCUUAUAGAUUACAAACCAAACCGUAGAAUCUUCAUGAAAAUGGCUAUUUGAAAGCGUCACGUGCAGUUUUCGUUUUAUUCGUUAUUCGUGUAGGAUAUCAAUUGAAGUCGGACCUUUUAGGCUUUAGGCGAACCAAGACAGGGAUGCCUUGCAACGGUCAAGUAGAGUGUUAGCCUUUACCCUCUUUUUUUUAUCACUAGGAAGAAGUGCGUCAGAAGUUUUCUUCCGACCCAAGCUUAGGGGAACGUAUUACUGUGUAUAACAAGUGUUGGUACUCGAGGGAAGCCGUGUCAGCACCUCUCAAUAUCAAGAGUCUCGAGAAUAAAUGCUGUCUUGAGAUAUUUUUUCACUCCAAGGGCCAGCGAGCUUUCCUUGCGAAUCUCCUGACAUAUUUUCUCAUGUGCUUAUUCUCACAUAAAGCAGACCGAGUGUUUGGAGUGAGGUACAUAUAAUGCCACGAUUUUAGCUGAGACAACAGAAAAUGUAUCUUGAAAGAUGUAAGUGCAGAUAGACUGUACCAGGAUCCCAAUGAAUGCUUGCUAGAUUAAUCGACUCAUAUUACUGUCGUCAUGUCACUUAUUCUUUUACUGGUUUUUAUCCCUUCAGACAUUAAG